ACAGGGGAUUUAUAGGUUUUCCUGGGCCACCAGGCCCCCCUGGAUUCCCAGGAGUAGAAGGCCCACCAGGAUAUAAAGGACAAAAGGGAAAUCUAGGAAUUGCAGGAUCUACAGGACCUAAAGGAUUCAGAGGGAGCUUGGGUAAUCCCGGUAUUCCAGGGAUCCCAGGAAUUCCAGGAGAGCCAGGACAAGAAGGGCCGCCCGGAGAACCCGGUAUUCCUGGUUGCAAUGGAACAAAGGGAGAAAGCGGUCCAUCUGGACCAACAGGAUUUGGACAACCAGGAUCACCAGGACCAAGGGGAGAUCCAGGACCACAGGGACCGCCCGGUGAAACAACUUUCGGAGUCAAAGGAAUAAAAGGAGAACCAGGAAGACCCGGCCGAGAUGGUUAUGACGGAAUUGUUGGAAACCCUGGACCAACUGGUCCUAGAGGACCCACAGGAGAUCCUGGUUUAUUGGGCACAAAAGGAGCCAGGGGUUUUAAGGGAGAUCCCGGUAAACAUGAAGUCAGUUUUCGAGGGCCUAAAGGUGAAAAGGGCGCUGGAGGAACUCAAGGCCCACCAGGUGACUGCCCUAGAAAUCCACUUGGCUCAAACACUACCUAUACGGUGCCCGGGGAGCGGGGCAUAAAGGGAGAGCCGGGAGAUCCAGGACCUAUAGGAUACAAAGGGGAGGUUGGAAUGAAGGGUCCGCAAGGGCCUUAUGGUGAAAGAGGUCAGAAGGGAUCACCCGGUCCUAAGGGUGUUAGGGGCAAGCCAGGUAAGAAUGGCGUCGAUGGCAAUUCCGGAGAAAAAGGACUCAAAGGUGAACGAGGAACCUCUGGACCAAUUGGAUUCCAUGGUGACACGGGUCCAAAGGGAGAUACAGGUCCUAAAGGAAGAGUUGGACCACCAGGACCACCGGGUCCCCCUAUACCAGGAAGUGACCAAGGUGCUAAAGGCUUCCCAGGACCUCCAGGACGUGAUGGGCCUCCUGGACCAAGAGGAUACCCUGGAGAGAAGGGAAGGACUGGAUAUGAUGGUUUAUCUGGACAGCCAGGACCACCUGGAUCACCAGGAGACCGAGGAGUUCCAGGACCCAUUGGUGUCGGAGAGAAAGGAGAACCCGGUGACCCGGGUAUUCCUGGCAUGCCAGGCCCUGAAGGACAUACUGGUUUACCAGGAAGAGAUGGACCUAAAGGUGACACAGGCAUGGCUGGACUGACAAUUCGAGGUCUUCCUGGGAUGGAUGGGCGUCCAGGACCAGAUGGACCAGCCGGACUGCCUGGACAAGUUGGGGAUCCUGGACCUCAAGGUGCUCGUGGACCACCUGGAAAUGGUUUACCUGGAGAUCCUGGUCCUAAAGGACAGGCUGGACGUGAUGGACCCCGUGGUCUGCCUGGUAGUGUGGGAGAUCCUGGAUCUCCAGGACUCUCUGGACCAGAUGGCCCCAAGGGAGAACCCUGUGCUUCAUGCCGCUCUGGGGAAAUUGGACCCAAAGGAGAUCCAGGACAGCGUGGAGAUGUAGGACAGCCCGGCCAACCUGGUUUUAAUGGAAAUCCUGGACCAACUGGUCCUAAAGGAGACCGAGGUCCUCAGGGAAAUAUUGGUCGUGAUGGACAAGAUGGACCACAAGGGCCACAGGGUUCGACUGGACGAACAGGGAACAAAGGAGAACCAGGUCCUGAAGGAGAUCCAGGCUUUGCGGAUCCAGGACCAAUGGGUAUCCCAGGAGACCCAGGACUGAAAGGAGACAGUGGGCUGAAGGGAGAGCCUGGACCAGCCUGUGACCCAGAACAGCUCAAAGUAGGCGAUAGGGGACCUGCUGGACCUCCGGGGCCUCAAGGCAAUGAUGGAUAUCCUGGAUCUCAGGGCCCAAAAGGAGAUCGUGGACCACAGGGACCAAGUAUCCGUGGAAUGACCGGAGAAAGGGGAGACUUUGGACCCAAAGGAGAACGCGGAAACUUUGGACCCCCAGGAGACAAAGGAGAAGUCAUUUAUCGAGAUACAGGAGUGCAAGGACCUAAAGGGGAGCAAGGAACUCCUGGUCCUGCUGGAAAUCCAGGACCUGCCGGGGCUACUGGACGUCCUGGACCUUCGGGUGAUCUGGGCCAGUCAGGUCAGCAAGGCGAGAAGGGUGCCCAAGGACAGCCAGGACCACCAGGAAACUCCAUUCCCGGUACCCCAGGUGAGAAAGGCUACCAGGGUAUCCCAGGACAACCCGGCCAACCAGGCCAACCAGGACCAGGUGGACCCUCGGGUACCCCAGGAAUCCCUGGAGAAAUAGGUGAAAAGGGAGAUAUUGGUCCACAAGGAAACCCGGGUGGACAGGGACAACGUGGGUUACCAGGACAACCAGGUCAAAACGGCAUCGAAGGAGCAAGGGGAAACAUUGGUGACCCAGGACAAAGAGGUCGCGACGGUGUCCCUGGACAAAGCGGAGAAAAGGGUGAGACUGGGUCUCCUGGUAUACCAGGUACCCCUGGAAGCAAGGGAGAACCUGGUCUAUCUAUCCCUGGUCAAGACGGACCACCUGGAUCCUCAGGAAGAGAUGGACCUCCUGGAGUGAAUGGGGAACCUGGACCGCAGGGUCCACGUGGAGAUCCUGGAAUAGCAGCUUUGAAAGGAGAAAGAGGACUACCCGGAUCCCCAGGCCAGAGCGGUCCUCCGGGUCCACCUGGAGACAAUGGACUUCCCGGUAGCGAUGGAGAUCCUGGUCCUUCUGGACCACUUGGUGUGAAAGGAUCGCCUGGACCGCUUGGACCUGAUGGAACCCAAGGACCGCCCGGAGCACCUGGACCUAUUGGAGCACCUGGAGAAAAGGGGGAACGUGGUGGUAUGGGAACACCAGGAUCACCUGGGCCCUCUGGUUCACCAGGUGCAAAAGGAGAGCCAGGACUCCCUGGACCAGGAGGUGAGAAGGGAUCCCGUGGAACAGGAGGAGUUUCAGGACUCAAAGGAGAGCCAGGACCAACAGGAAGAUCAGGACCUCCGGGCCCUUCAGGUUCGAUCGGUCUACCUGGACUAAAUGGGGUGAAGGGAGAAAAAGGAGGUCCAGGAUCCAAUGGAAUACCAGGAGCAAGGGGACCUAAAGGAGAUCCUGGUCCAGCUGGAUUCGAUGGACUCGAAGGUCCCAAAGGAGUCAAGGGAGACCUCGGACCCAAAGGACAGAUAGGAUUUGCUGGACCUAAGGGAGACAGGGGACAAGACGGAAUCCCAGGACAGAUUGGAGAGAAAGGUUUCCCUGGAAGGGAUGGCUUUUCUGGACCCCAAGGACCACCCGGUAACCCUGGAGAACCUGGAAGUGACGGAGUGAACGGACAACCAGGACCUAGGGGAGAAAAGGGAGAAAAGGGAUCUUAUCUGAGGGUUCCAUGUGAGAACAGACGAGGGAUCAAAGGAGAGCCUGGACCCGUUGGUGCAACUGGUGAACCUGGAAACCCUGGUCCUGCUGGACUUUCAGGAACACCAGGUGAUCAAGGACCCGUAGGAUCAGAUGGAAGACCAGGCCAGCCUGGACCACCUGGACCUAAUGGAUCACCAGGACCAGAAGGAGAACCUGGUCCUGCAGGCAGAGUUGGUCUUCCCGGUGACCCUGGACCAAGGGGAGAUCGAGGAACCUACGGAUCUCCUGGAGAAGAUGGUGUUCCAGGAGUUAAAGGAGAACCAGGAGACAAUGGAGCCAUGGGAUUACCAGGAGGACCAGGUCUACCUGGACCAGGAGGACCACCAGGAGACCGUGGAUUCCCUGGAGUCCGAGGAGAGAAGGGUAUUCCUGGAACCCCUGGUCUAUCUGUUACUGGUAUCAAGGGAGAACCAGGUUUCCCAGGAAUUAAAGGCGAGCCAGGUAUACCUGGUCGCGAUGGCAAUAAUGGACCGAUUGGUCUACCUGGCAUGAAGGGAACUAAAGGAGAACUAGGACGUCCUGGGCCCGCAUCACCGGUGCCACCAGUCAUUCCUGGUCCAAAGGGAGAAUCUGGUAUUCCUGGAGCUAACGGAGACAGAGGAGAACCUGGAGAGCCUGGUCAACCUGGUAGACCUGGAUUCCAAGGCAGGCCAGGAGAGCCAGGAGCUCCAGGUCUUAACGGUCAACAGGGAGAUCCUGGUGCACCUGGGUUCCAGGGACUCAAAGGAAGCAAGGGAGAACCUGGUCCAGCUCCAGAUUUUGAUAUGAAGGGGGUGAAGGGAGAACGUGGUCUGCCCGGUCCGGAGGGUCCUCAAGGUCCACCAGGACGAGAUGGCCGUCCAGGGCCUGUAGGACCUCCAGGAUUGACAGGAGAGAAAGGAUCAUUUGGUAUCCAGGGUAAUCCCGGAGUCAGUGGAGUUCCAGGAGACCCAGGCACUAAGGGAGACCAAGGAUUCCGUGGGCUGAAUGGUCUACCGGGAGACCCGGGUUUCCCUGGUCCCAAGGGAGAGGCAGGUAUCCCCGGAUCUUCAUCUGGUUUCUUCAUCACCCGUCACAGCCAAACUACUUCCAUCCCACAGUGUCCACAGGGAACAGCUAAGAUGUGGCACGGGUACAGCUUGCUCUAUGUCCAGGGUAACGAGCAGGCGCACGGACAGGACUUAGGUAAACCGGGCAGUUGUUUGAAGCGUUUCAGCACGAUGCCAUUCCUCUUCUGUAACAUCAAUAACGUCUGUCAUGUGGCAUCGCGUAACGACUACUCUUACUGGCUCUCAACGACGGAGCCAAUGCCGAUGAACAUGGCCCCGAUCCGUGGCGGUCAGCUUCAGCCUUUCAUCAGUAGGUGUGUGGUGUGUGAAGCCCCAGCCCAGGUGCUGACCGUACACAGCCAGACGGUCAACAUCCCCGAAUGCCCGCAAAGAUGGUCUGUCUUGUGGAUCGGAUACAGUUUUAUGAUGCACACGGGAGCUGGAGCCGAGGGAUCUGGACAGAUGCUUUCCUCGCCAGGUUCCUGUUUGGAGGACUUCCGCUCUUCGCCGUUCAUCGAAUGCCACGGCGACGGCAAAUGCAACUACUACGCCACCACCUUCAGCUUCUGGCUAAGCACCAUCACCGGCAAUGCGCAAUUCACCAUGCCGGAAUCAGAGACACUCAAGGCAGGAUCUCUGAGAACGCGAGUCAGUAGAUGCGCCGUGUGCCUUAGAGAUCAGUAAAAUAAUAUUAACUAUCAACCGCCAAACCCUCACAAUAAUCCUUAGGAGACUUCUAGAAAGACAGCCCAAGCCUCUUGCCAUCACAAAAAUCUAUAACUCCUGCCAGUUUGAAGAUUGCGACAAUAGCAUGUUGUAGCUGUAGGUUAGGUAGAGAGUGAAGCAUAUUUAUGAUCCUAGUACAGUAGUUCUUAUCGUACUGUUCUUAUAUGCUAUGCUUAGACAUACCGUCUUGCCUUUCUCUCUGUUAUGGAUGCAAGUCUAAGUGCCUCCCAGUUUGUACAAAUCCAUCCCCGCAUCUAGUUUCUUUUCUUUUCAUCAUGAAAGAGGGCUUGUCUGUCCCAUAUUGAGCUAGUUUAAUCUCAAAGACAAGAGGUUGUGUUUUUAAAAUCAUCAGGUUUAGUGUCUUCUAUGUGUGUGUCCCCUAGCUGACACCUAAUUCUUAUCGAAUUGUUGUGUAAAAUUCAUUUAUUUAUAGCUAAGGGAUUAACAUUUUUUAUUAUCUUUUGUGUUUUGCGACCCCAUGUGCAUAUUACUAUGAAACAUAAGAACAUACUUUUUGUAUCGGAAGGAUGAAUUUCAACUGCCCAAUCAACGUUUAAUACUCUCCACGCCUGGAUGAUAUCUUUCACUAUUAUAAUGUUGGGGUGUUGUUCAAUAUUUGAUUUUGUUCGCCAGAGAAACUAUAGCAAGAAAUUACUCUAGAUUUGUAGGACACUGAAAGAUGGCUGCCAUUUUUAUACAUACAUGUACUUACAUAGAAUUCUGUACAGUUAUUAUUACAUUUCAUAUUAGGUUUUGUACAGCUUAGGGAUUGAGUUCUAAAAUCGGUUGUGUGAUCCCCCGACUGUCCGUUUUAUCUUAUAUUCAUAGAUGUCAGGAAAUAGUUGUGUGAAGUGCUACCGUGAUACAAUAUUUUUAAUGUAGGUGCAAAUGUUAUUUGUACCUUUUGAAAUCUACAUCAUUUAAUAAGCGUCAGUGUUCAAAUUUUGGGAAGCACUGCAACAUAUAGAUUUGAGACUGUAUUUAUUAACACAAUUUCGGUAAAACAAUUUCUACGCUUUUUAUUACAGUGCUCUAGUAUAAGCAUUGAUCAUGUAGCAGUAUAAGCUACAUAGCUUGUGUAUUAUAUAAAUGUUAGCAUCUAUCAUAUCUAUUUCGUCACUGUGCUUACUUCACAAAAUCAUGUUUUUUAAAAAAUCAUUUUGAAUGGAGUCAUCUGCAGUGUGUAGCCAGUAUGAUGACAGCGGGAUAACUCUCUAUGACUCAAUGUGCUGGACUCUGUCGUUCUUUCUUUCCAAGGAAAUGUCAUGCAUUUCAUAUACCAUUGUGCCUCUCUCUGUUUACUUAUCAAUUUCACUCAGAUUUCAUAUUCAAAUAUGCUGCAUAUAUAGUAGAAGGUGCCAUUAUGUCCUCGCAUCCAUUUUAUCUUGUUAUCCAGCCUUGGGUGUGCCAAUGUCUCCCAUGCAAAGAUUGUAUUCUGGUACUGAUAGAAGUGAGGGGGGCGAUGGGGAAGACAGAAAUAUUAAGCGAUUAUAAUUCUGAAGCAAUAUAAAUGAAAGCUUCUCUGUAAAUUUGGAAAUGAUCGUGCUCAGAAUGAGAAUGACGGACUAUCCAAUAUGUAUGUACAAUGAGUAGGAAUGGAUGGUAGGAAUCAGAGGUUGCCUAACAUGGCAUCGUUUUAAGGAUUUGGCAUUGGUUGCAUCAAGCUGGCAUCAGUGUGUGAUGAACAUUUUCAAAUCAACAUCGGGGAGUUCCGUUUAUGUACUUGAUCCACCAUUACAAUUAGAUAAGUGAGGUAAUUUUAGCAAACAUCUAUUUAUCUUCCUUGCUGCUUUAUAGUAUUUAUAAUCUUUGUAUGGCAACUUUUUUUGGAAUUAAGGAUAGCUAAUGCUAUGAUCCGGCAAAAGACAAGUUAGACAGCAUUCAUGUUAAUGCUCUCUUGCAAGGUUUGGAUCUAUAACAAUUAAGGGUUCAUAAAUUGUGUUAUUGUUAAUCAUUUGAUAAGCUUCAGGGAAUAUGAACUUUCAAUCCACGAAUUUGAUUUAUUUGUUCACUUUCAACGGUGAAUAACUGAUAAAAUAAAUAUAUGCAAGGUUGAAAAUGAAUCGUGCUUAUCAAUGAAGAUGAAGUGUUUCAUUGUGAUUAUCACCGUAAUUAUCUCACAUUUCUUUCAAAGGCAAUGCAUAUUUUGUUGAGUCAUUUAUGCAAUUGCAUAAUUAAAUAUAUGCAUGCCAUUGUUCAAUAAAUCUUGCGUGUUAUCUUUAUAGCCUUGUCAAUGUCAACUCCAAUCUUCAAUACUUAAUUUCUUCACAUUUUCAAGUUCAACAGUAAUUUAUCUCAGAUUUAUCGCUUGAAUUAUUAUGUCUGUGAAUUUUGUAUGGUGCUUAGUUAAAGCACAUUGCAGCCUUUGAAGUACAAGAUUUGAACACAUUAUUUUUUAUUGUAAAAAGUGUAUCUCUCAAAAUGGUGCUAUUAAAGAUACAACUCCGAGUAAUUUA